GUUCCUGCACAUUAUAAGUUUUUUUCAAAUUUUUCACGAAGCUAUGUAGUAUUAAACUUUGUUCAAUGUUUUUUUCAAACCAGGUUGUUUUGAUGAACCGUUCCAAUCUAAAUAAUAUUAAAAUCAUCGAUUUGAAUGUUAUCAUCGAUUGAUUUCUAGACACCUAAUCUGGAACCGUGGGGUUGCCUGUGACUGGCCGUGAGUGCGCAGACAGGAACUUCAGUCCUUACUGUACUUCUUUAACACUAAACUGUAUGCAAUAAGCAGAAGUUUAAAGUACGGAAGGAUACGGAUUAUUAGGCUCAACUAAACGUGCAUCAAAGUAAGUCGAAGCUGGCGACCUCGCGAUUUAACGGUGUGUUUGAGGUGCUGCGAUUAUGAUGGACGACUCCAGUUGCGAAGACGAUAAGAAAAUCCUUGCUGACCACUUUUCGAAAACCUUGGCUCCCAGCUGGUAUACUAGCUCUCAUUCCCUGGCAAGAAUUAUGUCAUCGGUCUUUCGACUACUGCAUGGAACCGUCGAAGCCAAACUGCUUGGUCUUGAUUAUCUCUGUAUGAUUCUUGAAGGAGUUCCACCAGAUCGCCUGCAAAAAGCAGGCUAUUUGGAUGUCGCCUUCGAUAGUAUCAUGCGGCUGCUCCUCAUGAAGGAACUCCGACUGCUAUCUCCCUCGUAUGUCGCUGUGCGAAAUUUACUUUUAGUGAUUGAUUCACUAGACCACGAAAGCAGCACAGUUCCCACAAAAUUUGGACAGUUGGAUAAGACUGAUACCGUCUUGGUUGAAUCUCUAAGGAACAUGGAGCUCUUCACUGAGCGCAGUAUUCGCUCUGGUUUGCUGGAUGAGACGAUUUUGCUCAUGGAUCAAAUCGGUUUGCGUUGCGGAAAGUAUUUACCGCGAUUUUUGGAUCUGAUGGACUCUCUGAUCUCCAUGCAGAUUUUGUGGCAGUAUAGUUUGGCGUUAAAAUUACUGCGAGCGGUCUUCCAGAAUUGUUGGCCAGUUUGUGCAAAUCAUAUUAACCGCAUCACUCUACAGGUGAUGAAAAUAUUGUUGGAUAAGCUGGUGGCGGAAGGUACUGCUAUUUAUGAGGAAACUUGUCGGUUGCUGCAACUUUGUAUUACGGUGGGGAAUCCCGAAGAAAUUAAGGCUUUCGCCGGAAAUGUUCUGUCGCGAAGCCAUUUUUCUCCUUGUGAUAUUGAUAAAUUUGGUCGUGCAGUCCACUGUUCUUCUGAUGUACUAGAAUAAAUAGCAGUGAAUACUAGUAAAUGAUGGAAUACCAGUAAAUGAUGGAAAUCUUGUUCGAGAUGCAAUAUUUCAGAUUUUUAUCGCUUUAUACAGUAGUGUAUCUGUGCAUCGUGGACAGUAGACACUAUUGAC